ACAUAAAAAAAAAUAAAGUAAACUUUUAUAAAUUUUUAGUUCUUUAGUAAAAAAUUUAGCAUUUUUGUAAACUCUUAUAAAGGAUUCUUCAAUAUUGCAUUAACGUACAUUUUUACGUUGAGAUUGUUGCCAAAUACUCUACGGAAGAAAUCAAGGAUUAUGUCCAUGUCUAGGUUGUCGAACACUCGUAUAAUUUUGGGAUCGAUGAGCAAUAUAAUCAAUACACGUCAACCAAUUCGCCAACACAUGUCGAAGCCGAAGAUUGUGAAGAUUUUCAAACAGCAGUCGGCCACUUACAUUGUCGUCCAUGCUUCGCGGGCCUCAGCCGCCGCCCUAGAGGACAUGGAUGAGUGGGAAAUGCCUGUGCCGAUGGAGAUGCCUAAGAAGAGCACACUGUGUUUGCCCCCGAAACGCACUGAACAGGACCAGUGCAGGAUUUGCAAGGCCCAGAGUAAGGAGGCUGUGAAGAAUCUUUUCAAUCAUGAACUUCCCAAGGUGCAACGUCUGCCCUUCCACCCGAUGCCGGCCGUCAAUGGCAAUGUCUCAAGCCGCCGCUUUGCCAAUGCCGAGGAGCUGCUGAAGGUCAUGGAUAAACCCCAACAGUUGGCAGAAGAGGUAAUCAACUUGGACCUCCAAUUGUCCUGGGAAAAGGCUACGAACAAGAAGCUAACGGCGGGCUGUAAAGAUUUACUUUCAGAGUUGGCUUUAAAACAACGAGUCCAAAGAGGAAAAUGAACCAAGUAAAAUUUAAAUUUGGCAUUUAAGCAAAUUUUAUGAAAUUUGCUAACAGAUAUUUAUCGGAUAAUCGUAAAUUUAUAAUUGUUCCAAAUUCGUAAAGACUACAAACAAAAAAAAUUUAAAAUUCAAAGUACAUAAGAAAAAAUUAAUAAUUAAAUAUAUCAAUUAGCUCAAGGAAGCUCAGCAUCAAUUAAAACCAAA